AUGGAGCAAGAACAACAAACUCAAAAUAAUCAAAGGACAUUGAGCUCAUAUGCUACACCUACUCUAGAUGGCACUACCUCAAGCAUUAGGAGGCCCAAUGUGCAAGCAAAUAACUUCGAGAUCAAACCUGCAAUUAUUCAAAUGAUCCAGAUGAGUGUACAAUUUUCUGGCCCUAAUGAUGAUCCUAACUCUCAUAUUGCUAAUUUUCUUGAAAUAUGUGAUACUUUUAGGCAUAAUGGAGUUAGUGAGGAUGCAGUUCGACUUAGGUUGUUUCCCUUUUCCUUGAAAGAUAGAGCAAAAGAAUGGCUUAAUUCUCUUCCUGCAGAUGCAACUGCAGGUGGUACCCUUAUGAGGAAAACUCCCGAGGAAGCAUAUGAACUUUUGGAGGAGAUGGCAGCCAACAGUUAUCAAUGGGACAAUGAGAGAGCAAAUAAAAAGGGAGUUGGAAUUUAUAAUGUUGAUUCUAUCACUGCUUUAUCUGUUCAAAUUGCUGAAUUAAAUAAGAAUUUGGGUAAUUUGGGGGUUUCAACUAUGAAUGCUUCUUCUUCUUCUUCCCAUUUUCUUUCUUGUGAGCUUUGUGGGCGAGGAGGACAUGCUAGUGUAGAUUGUCAAGUAGGAAAUCCUUUUUCUUCUAGUUUGUCUGAACAAGCUAAUUUUAUUUCUUAUGGUGGCAACAGGUCAAAUUUUAAUCCCUACUCCAACACUUACAAUCCAGGAUGGAGGAGCCAUCCUAAUCUUUCUUGGAGUAAUAAUCAACAAAGAGUGCCCCCCGGCUUUCAACAACAACAACAUCAAAUUCCACAGGAGAAGAAGUCGAAUUUGGAAGAUAUGAUGGCAAAAUUUAUCAAUAGUACAGAGGCAAGAAUGCAAAGCUUGGAAACUCAAAUUGGACAACUUGCCCAAGCAAUUUCAGAAAGACCACAAGGAGGAUUGCCUAGCAAUACUGAGAAGAAUCCAAGGGAGCAUGUAAAAGCCAUUACUUUGCGAAGUGGAAAAGAAUUAGAAAGUAAGGAAAAAGAUGAAAAGCAUUCAACAGAGGAAGAAAGCCAAGAGCAUAAAGCUAAAGAAGAGGAUCGGGAGCUAUCAACAGAGAAAAAUGGGAGUUCUUCUUCUCUUAAUUUAAAAUAUUACAAAAUCCCUCUUCCUUUUCCUAAAAGAUUUCUAAAGGCUAACUUGGAUAAAAAAUUUGCUAAAUUUUUAAAGGUGUUUAAAAAAUUACAUAUUAACAUCCCUCUUCUUGAUGUUAUAUCACAAAUGCCAAGUUAUGCCAAAUUUUUGAAAGACAUAAUUGCAAAUAAAAGAAAGUUGGAGGAAUUUGAGAUAGUGAAACUUAAUGAAGAAUGCUCUGCAAUUCUACAGAAUAAAUUGCCUCCAAAACUCAAAGAUUCAGGGAGCUUUUCUAUUCCUUGUACUAUUGGAGAAAUUAAGUUUGAUAAAGUUUUAUGUGACCUUGGUGCAAGUAUUAAUUUGAUGCCCUUUUCUGUUUUCGGAAAGCUUGGCUUACAAGAACCAACACCCACCACUAUUUCUCUUCAAUUGGCUGAUAGAAGUAUAAAAUACCCAAGGGGAGUAGUGGAAGAUGUCUUGGUAAAAGUAGAUAAAUUUAUUUUUCCUGUUGACUUCAUUGUUCUGGACAUGGAAGAAGAUUAUGACAUGCCGCUAAUUUUAGAAAGACCUUUUCUUGCCAUAGGGAGAGCUUUGAUUGAUGUCCAGCAAGGAACACUUAGCCUUAGAAUUUAUGAUAAGACAAUUACUUUCAAUGUGUUUAAGGCUACGUAA